UUGGAGACACCUUAAACAAUAUCCAGAUUCGGGUGUUUGCUAACGUUAGCCUCUCAAGGAGUAACGGUACUGGGAACAGUAGGAUAUCUUUUUAUUCUAGGGUAAUAACGGACAGCCCAGAACAGUGCACCUGAUAUGAUGCUACUCUCGGCUCGGAACAUACAAACUCAUAAGAUAACGCAGGUUCCAUAGUUUUGCCAUUUGACCUCUAUGGUUUAGCGAAUGAAGUGGCUAGCUAACGUUACAAACUGGCUAGUCAGUUAAAAUAACAGUAACGUUACAAACAAUGUCUGGCUCUCCAGGUAAUCUUAUGGCUCGGCGCCCGCAACCUCCAACGAAGACCGUAGUCAUGUACAGGAAUGGAGAUGCUUUUUUUACUGGGAGGAAGAUUGUCAUUAACCAUCGCCAAAUGUCAACUUUUGACAGCUUUUUAAGUUCAGUAACACUUGGUAUUGAGGCACCAUUCGGAGCCGUGCGAAAUAUUUACACUCCACGGGAGGGGCACAGGAUACUUGACAUGGAGCAUUUGCAGCAUGGGGAGAAAUAUGUGGCAGCUGGAAGGGAACGUUUUAAAAGGCUUGAAUACCUACAAAUAACAACGAAGAAACCGCAAAGAAAGAAAAAUGAACUGAUUCAGCCUGUAGUUCACAGCAAAAUAGUCGUUCCAGCUCGUUGGAGGAGAAUCAUUAAUGAGUCAUGCACCAUCCAUGUUUUUACCAAUGGAGAUAUCUUGGUUCCACCAGCUCGGAUACUGAUACCAAAGUACACUCUCACAAACUGGGACAAUGUACUGGCCAUGGUAACAGAGAAGGUACAUCUACGCACAGGAGCAGUAUACAGGUUAUGCACAUUAGACGGGAUUCCUUUAUUCAGUGGUACAGAGCUGGAGAAUAACCAGUACUACGUGGGUGUGGGGGCUGAGAGAUUCCGACACUUGCCAUAUUUCCAGUGGGUUCCUAACAAAGCAGUUAGUCGAGAUAUGACCCAGGGUGAUGUUUUACCACCACUUAAAAAGAUGAAAGCAGGAAAGAAUGUUGCUGCAGAUUGCCCAGCCCCGUCCCAGGGAGAGGAGCCGGAGCAGGCGGCCAAGGGGCUCCAGGCCCUGCUGAGCGGCCGCAGUGGCUCCCGCUUCUAUGCCAAGUCCCAGGCAGCCAAACAAGCGCCAGAGCCUUCCAGAAAUCCACCUAUUUUCUCAGUGGGGGCAGAUAGCGUGUUCAAAGCCAAGGACAGAAGAAAGGAAACAGCGGGAGCGGCCGAGGUGGAGGAGGAUAGGCGAGUGCGAGUGGACCUGCCCAUUGAUCAGGUCAAAGCCAAGACGGUGGAUGAGGAGCAGUGUGACUACCCUCGUCCAGAGAGUGGUGGUAGGAGUCCCAUUAAAUCUUUCUUUCGUCGGGCCAGUAUCAGCAAAGCUCUAAAAACGUCACCGGCCAACUCCAGGGCAGAGAGCCCAGCCAGUACUUGUGUGACUCCAGAUGAGCUGUUCAGUGAUUCCAAGCUAACUAAUGUGAAUGGGAAGCCAGAGAAAGAACCUGUAAAGCCACCAACAAAGACAUCUGUGAAAGCACCAGUUAAGGCACCUGUAACACCAGAUAUGCCAGCCGGGGACUCUAAGCUUAGCACUGCAAACGGAAAGCCAUCAAAAGCACCUGUGAAGGCACCUGUGAAGGCGAAGACGAAAGCUCCAGUGACACCAGAGGAGUCAGUGCAGUCACCAGUGGAUUGGCCGGUGGAGUGGCCAGAUGUAUCACCUCAGGAAGCUACAGAGGAGCCGAAAGUGGAGCGGCGAGCGUCAAAGCUGUUCGGAAUACGGACACGGAUGUCCAAGUUUUUCAAGGACAAAAACAAGAAGGAGACGUCUGCUCCAGAGUCGGAUGCCAUGAAGCCAGAGUCCCGCGCGGCCAAGCUUUAUUUCCCAGCAGUUAAUGAGGAGACGACGGCUGAGGAGAGUGCUUCUGGGUCGCAGUGGGAACAUGGCGAGGUGAAAUGGAGGAUUUGUCCAGAAUGUCACGAGAUUGGUGACAGUCAGUUGCUAUUCCAUGAUGGGUUUUAGAGAUCUUGUCUUGGAGAAUUUAUUCUUGUGUGAUACGGAGUGAGAACCUGGCCCAACAACAGUAUCGGUGUCAUCAAAACGUUCCCUCACAUGGUGUCAGAUGAUUGGACGUUUGCUCGGCAGACAUCUAUUCAGGACAACAGUAUCUGUGACCAACUGUCACGGGAGUUGGAAAUAAAACAGGGGCAUUUGGAAUGCUCUCACUCGUGUGAUA